CCAAAGCGUACGACCCACCGACAGAAGGGACCCACUUAUCAGGUCCGAUUCAAUCAGGUCAUCGUCGGAGCCGUCUCGUCGGCGGCGGCGGAAACAAGCCGCGAGGAACCAACCGAGUUCGGAGCACCGCCGAUGCUAAAACCCCAGACGGCCUGGGCAGCCUCUCUCCCUCUCUUCCUCCUCCGCCGCCGCCCGAGAUCCACCCCCAAGCCCUCUCCUGCCGUCGGCCGCCGGCUCCCCUUCCUCCCGGUUUGUAAGCGGCGGAUGAGCACGCAGGCGCAGCCCAGGUUCGCCCCUCUGCCCACGGAGCAGCCCGAAUCCGAUGCGGGGGCUGCAGGGUACCAGUUCCGGCUGGUCUCCUACAACAUCUUGGCCCAGGUUUAUGUUAAGAGUGCAUUUUUUCCGCAUUCUCCACCUGCGUGCCUCAAGUGGAAAUCUCGAUCCAAAGCUGUUCUAACAGAACUCAAGAGCUUCGAUGCUGACCUCAUGUGCAUACAGGAGUUGGAUGAGUAUGAUACCUUCUACAAGAAAAACAUGGAAAAUUCUGGAUAUUCAAGUAUUUACAUUCAGCGAUCUGGAGACAAACGGGAUGGCUGUGGUAUAUUCUAUAGACCGAAAAGUGCAGAACUGGUGCAGAAAGAAGGAAUACAUUACAAUGAUUUGGUGGAAAUAUAUGCUCCUAGUGAUCAUGUAAAUAAUGCCCCGUCAAAUAAUUUUUCGCCAGAAGAAGAAAUGAAUCCAAAAUCAGAUAAUAACAAGCGAGGAGAUCCAAAUGAUCCACGCGUAAGAAUGAAGCGUGACUGUGUUGGUUUACUCGCAGCUUUCAAGCUUAGUGAUCCUUGUGAUCAUAUUUUAAUUGUGGCGAACACACAUAUUUAUUGGGACCCACAAUGGAUUGAUGUAAAGUUGGCCCAGGCAAAGUAUCUUCUUUCGAGAGUCUCUCAGUUCGAGAAACUCGUCUCAAAUAAAUUUAACUGUAAAUCUUCUGUGAUCAUUGCUGGUGACUUCAACUCGACCCCUGGUGACAAGGUAUACAAUUACCUUGUAUCAGCCAACUUAGAAUCCACAGAUGAAGCUCCCAUCAAAUUACGCAGCCUUUAUGCUGCGAAUGGAGGGGAGCCAGAGUUCACAAACUGCACUCCUGGUUUUACUGGAACGCUGGACUACAUAUUCUCGUCGGAUGGUAGUUCAAUAAAGCCUACUAGCCUACUUUGUUUACCAGGAGGGGAUUCUGCGAACGUGCAAGGAGGCCUCCCCAACUUUCAACAUCCUAGUGAUCAUUUACCAAUUGGUGCUGAUUUUCUGGUAGUUAACAGCUAGUACAAAAGCUGAUUGCAUUUUCUACUGCAAUAGCAAAUGCCCCAGAAUAAUUUGCAGUGUUUGGGCAAUUCAGGCUUCAGAGUUAAAAUGUUAUACCUCAAGGCACAUUUCCUUGUUUUUUUUCUUUUCUUGUAGAGCCAAUAGCAAGUAACAAUACCAACUAAAAUGUUCUUUCUAUAUUAGUAUGAUGGUGUGGAUGAAUAUGGCAGAUUUUGUUCUUCCUUUA